GCAUGCGCACGAACUGCGGCAGUUUCCACUGGAAGACAUCGGGACGAAAAACGGGACGGCGAUGGGACAACUAUUAUUAUCGUUAAAUUUAGUCUCUGUAACAGCCAGUGUGACCGCUACGACCGAAAAUAUGACAUUACAAGUCGUGUGAGUGCUUCGUCACACUUGUCCGGUUGUUUACGCGUAGAGAAAAACGGAAAAAGUUUCGAAAGGAAAUAGAGCAGGGCGGUGGGAAGCGACAGUCAUGGAAGGGUUUGGAUCGGCGCUGGAGAAAAACGUGGCGGAUUUAACCGUGAUGGACGUGUACGACAUAGCAGCUGUGGUGGGCCAGGAGUUUGAGCGGAUUAUUGAUCAGUACGGGUGUGAAGCCUUGGCGCGACUCAUGCCCAAAGUGGUGCGGGUUUUGGAGAUCCUGGAGGUGCUGGUGAGCCGCAACAGCAUCAGUCCGGAGACCGAGGAGCUGCGACUGGAGCUGGAUAAACUUCGUCUGGAGCGACUGGACCGACUGGAAAGGGAAAAGAAACACAAAAAGGAGCUGGAGUUGGUCGAGGAUGUGUGGCGAGGGGAAGCCCAAGACUUGUUGUCUCAGAUUGCCCAGCUGCAAGAGGAAAACAAGACCCUCCUCAACAACCUGUCACUCAAGGACUACCCAAUGACAGAGGAGGAUGUUCAGAGACAGGAAGGUAUGUCAGAAAGGGAGAGGCAAGUGAUGAAAAAGCUAAAGGAGGUGGUGGAUAAACAGAGGGAUGAGAUUCGUGCCAAGGAUCGAGAACUAACACUGAAGAAUGAAGACAUUGAAGCACUGCAGCAGCAGCAGAACCGGCUGAUGAAGAUCAACCACGAUCUGAGGCAUAAGAUCACAGUGGUGGAGGCUCAGGGCAAGGCUCUGAUCGAGCAGAAGGUGGAGCUCGAGGCGUUCGCCCAGGCUAGGCAGCAGGAGCUGGUGAGCCUGAGGCAAGAGGUGUCAAGACUCCGAGAGCGUCUUCAGGGAGAGACGAAAAGCCCCGAAACCGAGGAGCCGCCUGCUCCACCGUCACCUGCUCAAAAUUUAUUCUCCGAGCUCAAGCAGUCAUGCAAUCCUCCGCUGUCCCUGGCCCCACGUAACCGCCAUGUGCUUACCGACGACAAUGCAGUGGAGGUGGACGAUGAGGAUGAUGUGGAGGAUGAUGUGGAGGAAGAAGCUGUUUUGUUAUGGGAGGCGUUGUCCGAGGAAGAAGCGGGUUUGGAUCCCAAAGAUCCGAACCGACCACGCUUCACUCUGCAAGAGCUGCGAGACGUCCUGCAUGAGAGGAACGAGCUGAAAGCCAAAGUGUUCAUGCUGCAGGAGGAAAUUGCCUAUUACAAAAGUGAAGAGCAGGAAGAUGAUGCACACCCGCCCACUCCGGACCCUUCGCCUACUCUCAGGCCUCGCUCCCGAACCGGUGCCCAGCCAGAGUCUGGCAUAAAGCGCUUGAUCUUCACAGCCAUUAUGCCGAUGGUGGCGGCUGGCUUGAUUGCAGAUGACCCCACUUUACAGCCAAUCAGACGACUUGUUUCUCUUGUUUAGCUUCUUCUCCCGGGACAAGCGGCGCAGCUCGCAGCGAGGCAUGGCGCAGUUUGACGACGGCUACAGCCCCUGGUCCCGCAAAGACGACGUGUACACAGAGCAAGCCCAGGAAGCUUUACAGCACAUGUAACCCACUGAACACUGACAAAAGCACAAAGCCCCCUGCUAAUCCCUAACACCCCUGCCCCAUCCCACCCACCACCACCACCUACACC